GUCGGUAUUUGACAAUCGAUUCCCAUUCUUCAUGCUUUGUCAUGACGUGUAUGUUCGCUGAAAACAUGAUCCGUGCAAUGCAAUAAAAUAAUUGCUCGGUGUUUGUCAAAUGCGAUUAAAUUUCGGGUAUACAAUAGCAAAUUAUGAAACUGAAUAUUUGUUGUUCUACACAAAAAGCAAUAACUGUGUGAUAAAAUUUGGUCUUUUUUUGUUGGUAAGAACCAAAUUAUCGAUCAAUGAAACGUAUAAAAGUGGAAAGAUCGCAAGAUUAUCCACCAGUCGCAUUUUUCGUAGUGGAAGUAUUACGUUGGCACUUCAUACACGCAGUUCAAGAUGAGUGGUCUUACUGAUUGUGGAUAUUUUGUUCUAAUUUUGAUAGUGACUUGUGGAUUAACCGUGGCACAAGUGCCAAAUCCAUGUGUUAAGUUUGAUUUUGAUCGUCCAGCUAAUGAGUUUUUACCUCAUUUCAUCGUGAAAGUUUAUAAUGCUGCGACCAAUCCGAAACCAUUUCGGCCGAAUUAUCACAACUUCUUGACAAACAUAUCACCGGGCUAUUUCCUUGCCCCGGUCAGUACGCCGUUGACAUUCAAUCAGUCUUCAACAAUUGAGACUCUUUUGUACUUUCAACCAGUUGGUACUGCAUGGCUGGAUAUUAGCAUACGCGAUAUAAAAACUAACAUGGUCACACAAAUGAUACACCUGAGCACAUUCACAAAUUGGCAGCUUUUCCAGAAGGUUGUCGGAAAACCUAUACCAGAGGGUCGGCUUGAAUUGGCCGUUAGUAUGACACCACAAAGUAUUUUUGCCAUUCAAUUUCUGAACGUUGUGAAUCCAGUCAUUAAUAAGCCGGAGUGUAAAAGUACACCAAUACCGCCGCUUCCUUCCCCAUCACCGUCAAUAACUCCAAGACCACCAGCGCCAACACAAGCACCAGGACCAGGAUCAGGAUCAAUAGUUAAUCCCAACGAAAUCUGGUGGUGGGUAAUUGGUGGCAUUUGCUUAGCAAUUCUGGUUGUCAUCAUCACUUUGGCUUUAGUUUACUGCAUAGUUGAUUCAUGCUGUAGUCGUUCAAGCAAAUAAAGCAAGAUGCUGAUUUAUUCAAUGGAAAUACAUUAACGAUUUAACAAUUCAAUCUAGUAUUCAAAAACUGCUCAAUAAAACAUUAACUGAUU